AGGCGGACUGUGCGAACUCAGCAACUUACAUGAUAUUGGUGUAUCACGCAUUUGACAAGCCCAACAAGAAGCACCAACCCUCGAAAUGCGCCUAAUCCGGCUCAUCUUCCCUGGCUCGGUACACGCCUUCCGAGCCACAUGCUACCUCAACGCCGACAUUCGUGUUCCUUUUUCUUCGAAUCUUGGUCAGAACGCCGCCAAACAUCCCCGCUGUGACCGUCUUCUGCCAUCAACAAACUGUCGCCGUGCUCACGCUCAAUAAUCUCCUGCACUGUCACCAGCUGCGUAGCCGAGACAUGCACUGACUAGAUGGGGUAACAGAUUGCGUGAAACUUAAUCUGCGCCGCCACGACCGCAUCCAGGGCGUCCUGCAGCUUUCUGGCCAAUAUUAAACAUCCUAUAUCGAGUUCGUUCGUCCCACCGGCAACCACCGCUGUUUGUUCCUGACAAACACCGAUGGUAUUUUUUCUUUGCUUCAACCACCUCGCUCUUCGUCGUACCUUGUGUGUGCUUCUUCUCUUCAGGUUUCUUCGUGUGGCACGAUCGUGACGAUUCAUUCAAUUUAUACCAUUCAUGCAUUUCUGACCUAUCUGCUAUCAACCCUUCCCGCUCAGUGACCAUCAACUGACUUCCCUUUUCAUCCAGAUUCACCCCUAUCAAAAUGGCUGCGGAGGAGGACUGGUCAGAUUCGGACGAGGAGGUGCUUUCUGACACUGAGACUUCCGUACAACUCGGUGUCCCAGACGGCCCAAUAGAGUCCUCUUCAGAUCUUCUCGACGCUGCUGUAUCUCGCAUUGGCGGUCACCCUGCUUUUCUUUCACCCCAUGAUCCUUCGUUUGAUUCAUCCCUAUGCAAAAAUUGCGGCAAGCCGAUGGAAUUGCUGGUCCAACUGUGGUGUCCCCUCGAGGAUAGCCCCUACGAUAGAGUAUUGUAUGUGUGGGGAUGUGCCUGUGGAACGUGUCAAGCCAAAGACGGGAGUAUUCGUGCAUGGCGCGCUCUGAGGUUCAAUGAACGAUAUGCUGCAAAAUUGGAAAAGAAACGUGCUCGACAAAAAGCAAAAGAAGAGGCCAAGGCUAAAGCUGCACGCGAAGAGGAGGAGCGGAGAAAUGCUGCUAAGGUUAAUCCAUUUUCAAUGAAAGCUCCCGCCGGAACUCCUGCAUUUGGUUUAGGUAGUCAUGUCUUUAGUGAUGCCCCUUCGGAACCUGAGCCCCAAGAAGAGGAGCUUCCCGCGGCUGGACGGGAGGUAUCUUCAGAGGACGAGGAAGAGAAUGAUACCGAUGAAGAAGAGAAGCUUGUGACUGCCCUGGCCUCGAGCACACUGGACUCAUCUGAAUGGGCAUCGGCUCCGGCGUACCCAUCUCUGUACCUCUCCACGCUCUCAGAAUACCUUCCGAAAGCUAAAUCAGCCAAGUUGCCUUCUGCGGAAGAUAUUGAGGCCGAUGACAACAAGAAGGGGAAAGACACGUCUUGGGCUAUGGAAGGCUACGAGAAUUCGCUAGAGACAGAUCAUGUUUUCGACCGAUUUUCUCAACGCGCCGAAUACCAAGGCGACCAAUGUAUCAGAUACGACUUAGGCGGCACGCCUUUGCCCUUCGCACAUGAUGCCGUCUUUGAUCGACUGUUCCCAGUUCCACGUCAGGCCGCUGUGCCUGUCACGAAAGCAGAGUUCAAGGUUGUCCCUGCUGCGGGUAAACGUAUCUUCGACUCAUCCUCGAUCCCUCCGUGUCGGCACUGUGGUGGUCCGCGAGUGUUCGAGUGUCAGUUGAUGCCCAACUUGAUCAAUGUGCUGAAGAAACCUUCAGAUUCAGGAAAUGUGCCACGAAAGCUGACGGAUGAAGAGAGGCGGAAGGAGGUCCAGCAGGUGUUGAAACGUUCAGUCGGGGAGGGAUUGAUGGACUGGGGUACUUGCAUGAUCUUCUCGUGUGAGAAAGAUUGCGAGGCGUCCAAAAGUUGCUGGGCCGAAGAGCUGGUGCUUAUCCAAUGGGAUUCCUAAACAUUCAGCCCUAUUUCUUCUGGUUUGUAUAAUACUGUAUCCAUCUACCCAGAAUGUAUCCCUACUACUUUUCCAUGCAUGCGUGACACCAUUCAGUUGGGG